GUCAUCAACUCCACCUGUAAUAUGAUUUCUGAAAUGCAACCGGACUUAGACGAUGUCUAACCAAAAAGAUCCGGCGCCUGUCUACAGCGGACCUGGCAACACGCCAAGAGGUCGUACUCGGCUGCCAUCUAGCAGGCGAAGAGACAAACCACAGUUAUCCUGCAAUUUGUGCAAGAGGCGCAAGCUGAAAUGCGACCGAGAGCAACCUUGUAGUACAUGCACAAGACGAGGCCUGGCUUCGACCUGCGUAUACUCCUCGAGCACGCCAUUGCCCAGGAAUGAACCGAACCAGGUCCCCAGGCCUGUUUCCAGAAUGCAGGACCGAAUUCAGCAGCUUGAGAACCUGGUCUUGAACCUGAUGCAGGUCGCCACGGGACGCGACACUGUGCAAAUACCACAGACUGAUCUUGGCCGUGCAAGCUCUGUUCCGACCAAUGAUAGCCCAGCCAGCACAACCCCAGGCGAGGACAUCCCCGAAGAUGCUUCGACCGCCGCCUCUGAUCAUGGGAGUACGAGGUUGAGCAAAUCUGGCGCGAGCUACGUGAAUAGCUCUCAUUGGGCUGCCAUCCUUGGGGAAAUCGCAGAGCUCAAAGACCAUCUUGAGGAGGAAGCAGAGCUGCAACAUCCUCGGAGCAUCUCUGACUCUCUUGAUCCGAGCUUUUCGGGGCCGCAGUUGCUAUAUGGCUAUCCAAGAUAUGCAUCGAAGGCAGAGAUCCUAGCUUCAAUUCCGUCGCGGCCGGUUGUGGACAGACUGAUCUCGUGCUAUUUCAAUCUUUUCGACAUGUCCCCAGUCGUAUUACACACCACUCAAUUCCUCAAGGAGUAUGAACAAUUCUGGGAGAGUCCGUCUAGCACCCCCUCCGUCUGGCUGGGUCUACUAUUCACUAUCAUGUGUCUUGCAGCUCAGUUCCAGAAGUUUGGCGUCGAUCCCGGGGUGCAGCUCCCGCCGAGCCAAGGUCACGAGUCAGAUCUGGGGACCAUGGUAGAGUCAUACAAGCUGAAGGCUGUGCAGUGUCUCAUCCUGGGUAGAUACGCCAGUGGAGGCCCCUACGUGUUGGAGACGCUGAUGCUUUAUUUCACUCUUGAGCAUUUCCUCUGCAAGGAUGCCGACGUCAGCGUAUGGAUCUUGUUGAGCACCAUUGUGCAACUAGCCAUGCAUAUGGGCUACCAUAGGGACCCGAGUCACUUCAAUGGCAUGUCCGCUUUUGCGGGCGAGAUGCGAAGACGCGUAUGGGCGACCAUCGUCGAACUCGAUCUUGGCUUCUCCGCGCAGAUGGGUCUGCCGAGAUUAGUCAAGCCAUGGCUGUCCGACACGGCCGAGCCUCGAAAUCUUCUCGAUACCGACUUUGAUAAGGCCACUGCAGAGCUGCCACCAUCCAGGCCCGCGGCAGAGCUUACUCCGAUGCUCUAUCGUCUCGGGAAGACUCGGAUGAUGGUGGCCUUUGGCUUGGUAUGGGAUUUUGCAGCUGACAUAAGAAGUUACACGCCCAACGAUGUAACCAAGAUAGACGCCAAGCUCGAGGAAGCGCUCAAGGCGGUACCAGAUUGCCUCAAGUGGCGGUCCAUGGCACACUGUAUCUUGGACCCGCCUCAGGUCAUCUUACAGAAGGUCGUGCUGCAGAUCAUCUACUACAGGGCCAGAAUAGUCCUACAUCGAAAGUACAUUAGCCGUGCACAGAACGCGGAUCAGUAUGCGCAUUCCAGAGAGGUGUGCCUAAAUGCCGCACUCAAGCUCCUUGACUUGCAACACAUGAUCGACGAAAACACGCGGCUAUUUUGCCAGCUGUACCAUGAGCGCUGGAGGAUCUCUUCUCUCAUCAACCACGACUUCCUCCUGGCCACAAGCAUUCUCUGCUUCUAUUUGCGGGAGGUCACCGGCGAGCCCUCGGACGUAGGCGAAUCCGCGUUGGUCGAGAAGAUCAUGAAAACCCUGGAAAGGUCUCAUGACAUCUGGCUCCGCUCCAGCGAUGCCUCCAAAGAGGCGCGGAAGGCGGCCAAAGCUUUGAGCGUCGUGAUCGGUAAUCGAAAGGUGCCAUCGGCAACAGCACAGGCCGGGGGGACCAAUGCAGUGAGCUCACAAUCGCUAGCAGGCUAUAGUGAUUCGACAACCGAUCAUCAUGGUGAGUAUACACACCCACAAGACCUUCCGGCGAGCCUCGGUCAGCGAUAUGCGCGGCACAUUUAUGAGUUAACAAAGAUGUCAGGGUACUUUUCGGAUAUCGACGUGGCGUCCCCAUUCGUCGACCCUACGACAUCUGGAAGCUGGAGAGACAUGAUGAACGAGCCUGUUGGAUCUUAUCUACUGCCGGAGACGGCGCCUUCGUCCACUUACGGACAGCAAAUGACAUACUGUAAGUGA